AUGUACCAGUGCCAGGAUGUACCAGUACCAGGAUGUACCAGUGCCAGGAUGUACCAGUACCAGGAUGUACCAGUACCAGGAUGUACCAGUACCUGGAUGUACCAGUACCUGGAUGUACCAGUACCAGGAUGUACCAGUGCCAGGAUGUACCAGUACCAGGAUGUACCAGUACCAGGAUGUACCAGUACCUGGAUGUACCAGUGCCAGGAUGUACCAGUACCAGGAUGUACCAGUACCAGGAUGUACCAGUACCUGGAUGUACCAGUACCAGGAUGUACCAGUACCUGGAUGUACCAGUACCAGGAUGUACCAGUGCCAGGAUGUACCAGUACCAGGAUGUACCAGUACCAGGAUGUACCAGUGCCAGGAUGUACCAGUACCAGGAUGUACCAGUACCUGGAUGUACCAGUGCCAGGAUGUACCAGUACCAGGAUGUACCAGUACCUGGAUGUACCAGUGCCAGGAUGUACCAGUACCAGGAUGUACCAGUACCAGGAUGUACCAGUGCCAGGAUGUACCAGUACCUGGAUGUACCAGUACCAGGAUGUACCAGUACCUGGAUGUACCAGUACCAGGAUGUACCAGUACCUGGAUGUACCAGUACCAGGAUGUACCAGUACCUGGAUGUACCAGUACCAGGAUGUACCAGUGCCAGGAUGUACCAGUACCAGGAUGUACCAGUACCUGGAUGUACCAGUACCAGGAUGUACCAGUACCAGGAUGUCCCAGUGCCAGGAUGUACCAGUACCAGGAUGUACCAGUACCAGGAUGUACCAGUGCCAGGAUGUACCAGUACCUGGAUGUACCAGUGCCAGGAUGUACCAGUACCAGGAUGUACCAGUACCUGGAUGUACCAGUGCCAGGAUGUACCAGUACCAGGAUGUACCAGUACCAGGAUGUACCAGUGCCAGGAUGUACCAGUACCUGGAUGUACCAGUACCAGGAUGUACCAGUACCUGGAUGUACCAGUACCAGGAUGUACCAGUGCCAGGAUGUACCAGUACCAGGAUGUACCAGUGCCAGGAUGUGCAAACUUUAAGCAAGACAGGUUGCUGGGAGGAGCAGGAGAAAGAGAGGGACCCAGCCUAUUGGAAUGCUCAGGCCAAGGAGACACUCCAAGCCGCGCUGAGACUCCGCCCCCGAGUGCACCGCGCCAAGAACAUCAUCCUCUUCCUGGGGGACGGGAUGGGUGUGUCCACUGUGUCCGCGGCUCGCAUCCUGAGGGGCCAGAUGGACGGAAGGUCGGGGGAGGAGACAGUGCUCGCCAUGGAUACCUUCCCUUACCUUGCGCUCUCUAAGACGUACAGUGUUGAUAAGCAGGUAGCAGACAGCGCUAGCACGGCUACAGCGUACCACUGCGGAGUGAAGGCUAACGCUAAGACAGUGGGCCUUAGCGCCAAUGCAGUGGCCUACGAGUGCAACACCACGUUUGGGAAUGAAGUGUACUCCGUGCUACAUCGCGCCAAAGCACAAGGGAAGUCAGUGGGCAUCGUGACCACCACUCGUGUACAGCAUGCCUCUCCUGCUGCCGCCUAUGCCCACUCAGUGAGCCGUAGCUGGUACAGCGAUGCUGACAUUCCCUCUAGUGCCCGCCGACAGGGCUGUGUCGACAUUGCCACACAGCUGGUGACCAACGUUGACAUUGAUGUUAUCCUGGGUGGGGGGCGGAUGUAUAUGACACCAAAGGGAACUCCAGACCCUGAGUACCCCACUUCCUCGUCCCGGAAAGGGGAUCGGAAAGAUAAGAGGAACCUCAUUGACGUCUGGAUGAAGGCUCAGCAGCACAAGAAUUCCCAGUAUGUUUGGCACAGGAAGCAGUUUGACGAGAUUAAUGUAAAGACUACCGACCGUCUCCUGGGUCUCUUUGAGCCAAAGGACAUGAGGUUUGAGGUUUUCCGGAAUGCCACACGUGACCCGUCCAUCGUCGAGAUGACAGAGAAAGCCAUUCAGAUCCUCAGCAAGAACCCCAAAGGCUACUUCCUCUUUGUAGAAGGAGGGAGAAUUGACCACGGGCACCAUGAUGGCAUUGCCAAGCUGGCGCUGACUGAGGCUGUGAUGUUUGACCGGGCGGUACAACGAGCCUCCCGGCUCACCAGAGAAUCAGACACCCUCACUGUCGUAACCGCAGACCACUCCCACGUCUUCACCUUCGGAGGAAACACCCCCCGUGGAAACCCCAUCUUUGGUUUGGCACACAAGAAGGCAGAUGAUAGGAUGCCAUUCACUAGCAUCCUGUAUGCCAACGGUCCUGGUUAUGUACAUGUGAAUGGAACGAGAGGAAACAUCACAUUGGUGGAUUACUACGAUGAAGAGUACAUGCAGCAGGCUGCAGUCCCUCUGGACUCUGAGACCCACGGCGGGGAGGACGUGGCCAUCUACGCCAAAGGCCCCAUGGCCCACCUCUUUCACGGGGUCAAAGAGCAGAACUAUAUCGCCCACGCCAUGGCCUACGCAGCCUGCAUCCAACCCUACAUGGACUGCCCACCACAUCCGCCCGCCUCAACUGGACACACACACACCCUCUCCGGGCUGCUUCUCUGUCUGGCCAGCCUCCUCUGGCUCCUGUUCAGAUGA